CGCUUGUAGUUGGUGGAAUAUUGUGUGGACUAAACUCUAAAUGCGCAUUGUGUAAUUAAUGAUUUGAUUUUCAUUAAAUUCAGUAGAAAUAUGUUUUAUUUGCAGAUUUCGUAAAACAUACGUUCUUUUUAUCUGUAGAACAACGAAAAGUGGUUAAUAUAAAACCUAGGAACUAUUAUUCGUUACAUCAUUGGGGUAGUCGAGUAAAAUUCACAGUCGGACCUAAACAGUGACAGAUGGCGUGAUUAACAACGUACCGAGAAAUGCGAAAAGUCUUAUUAUUUCUUACAUUGGAAUCUCUCCAGACUACUCUAACAUAAUAUCUCGGAAUUAAAAACAGUACAAGCAGGUCUUUUUAAAAACUACUACAAUGGACGCCCUGCAGAGGAGAGUGGUUCAGGAGGACGUGGUUCAGUACAAACUCUUCUUGAUCCAGCCAGACGGUUCAACUUCACAACAAUCUGAGGAACAUCUAACACAUCUAGUAGAGGAAAUUUUGGCAAAGGUUGCCCCAUUCCUGAUACAGUACAUCUGGCAGCAUCAGUCAUUCAACCUCAAGUAUCAUCCUAAAAACGGAGAUUUCCCUGCUCACAUUGGAGGUAGCACUCAGUUUGGGGACAAUGUGGAGGACGAGUGGUUUAUUGUUUAUCUCCUGCAGCAAAUCACAGAAGCCUUCCCAGAGCUCGCUGCCAGAGUUGAGGACAAUGAUGGAGAGUUUCUUCUGAUUGAAGCAGCUGAUUAUCUUCCCAAGUGGCUGAAUCCAGACACCAGUGAAAACAGGGUCUUCUUCUAUAGGGGAGAGCUGCAUAUUCUGCCCUGUCCCUCCAAAUCCAGUCCAGUGGGGGUCUCAAAAGAUGUGGUACCAAGUGUGGCACAAGCUCUAGCACUUCUCUCCACCCACCCAGAGGCCUGUCAGGCGAGCCCCAAGAUUUGUUCAGCCCUGAGGAAGCGACUAGAGGGGUACCCAGAGAAGAGUAAAACUGGCCUCCAUCGUGCCCACUGCUUCAUACCUGCAGGUAUUGCCAUGGUGUUAGCACAACGACCAGACCUGGUCGCUCCUGCAGUGUCAGCGUUCUACCUGCGGGAUCCAGUAGAUCUGCAGGCGUGUCGAAGCUUCAAGACCUUUCCUCCUGAUACACGAGUCCUCACCUCGGUGACAUUCACGCGUUGCCUGUACGCCCAGCUGCAGCAGCAACAGUUCACCCCAGACCGGAGGAGCGGCUUCACCCUGCCUCCUCGCUCUCAUCCUCAGUACAAAGCCCACGAGCUUGGCAUGAAACUGGCCCAUGGCUUUGAGAUCCUGUGCUCUAAGUGCAGGCUGCCAUCAUCAGAGCCUGAUGCCCCCGUCAGUUGUAACCCUCAGUGGAAAGGCUUCAUGGACAGUCUGAAAAGGAACAGCUACUUCCGGGGAGAACUGGAAGGUUCGGCCCAUUACAGAGAACUGAUGAGAUCUGCAGAAAACUUCUUCAAACAGUCUGUCGCCUCAACAUCGAGCGCUUCAUCCCCGGGUGAGGAGGUUCUCCAGCUGCUGAACAGCUGCAAUCCAUUCAAUUUGGAGGAGCUGAAGAAACAAGAGUCACAGCUCCCCCAAGAGGACAGUGACAGCUGGCUGGAUAUCACAGCUCAGGAUUUGGAGCGUAUGUUGCAGGAGAGGAGCGUGGGGAGAGCUGAUGUUGGCAGCCAAAACUCCACCAAACAGACACAGCAUGUCAGGGGCACAGAGGAGAGGAGAAAGGAGACUGAGGACGGCAAGGAGGAAGAGGAGGCCGGUUACAGCCUGGUAGCAGUCAGUCAGGGGAUGAAGAACUUCCUCAACGCCAUGUCGUCGCAUGAGGGUGCUGAACUGCCCUGGAGCAGUUCAAUUCAGCCUUUUAGUUUUGACCCCGACUCCGUGGCCAACGCACUGGACAGACUACUAGGAAGCAAAGAAGAAGAGCUAGAUUCAGAUGAUCUAGGUGAUGAUGACGAGGAAGAUGAUGAGGAAGAGGAGGAGGAGAAAGAAGAGGGGUCGUGUGGUCACGCAGAGAUGAACGGGACAGAAACUUUAGACGGUCUCAGAGGAUACAUGGACCAAAUGGAUCAGGAGCUGAUGAGCACUAAUAUAGGACAAAGCUUCAACCACAUGAAUUACAACAAGGCAGGCUUGGACAAUGGCUCCCCUCAUCCCUCUGCCACAGACAGCCUCCCAACGCAUGGGGGGGUGGAAGAGAGAGAGGAGGAGAUCCAGCCUCUUGACGUCGACCUCAAUCUGGUCACAAACCUGCUGGAGUCCCUCAGCUGCCAGGCCGGACUGGCUGGACCAGCUUCUAACCUGCUGCAGAGUCUGGGUAUACACCUACCACCCAACUCGGAUCCCUCAUAAAGGACAAGAAGUAGACUCGGAUAAUUAAUGAGGCGAUAUUUGGCAGGCUUAAACACACAGCAAAGACCAGAAGAAUGCCUUCAUCACACUGACAGUACUUCUGUUGGCAAAGCACUCAUGGAUGUUGAAGAAGUCCUGUAGAGCUUUUAUCGUAAACAAACGUGGUCUUAUUUACAUUCGAUGUUUCUCACAGAAACGUACUGUGUGCACUGUAAAACUGUAUUCUCUAGGAAUGAAAAACACGUUGGGUGCAUUUCCUAUAUCAUAAAACAUUAGAAAAAAUCUUUUGGAAUGUGUUUAAGCCUGCAUUGUUUGUUGUUUACAGUUAAUAUUAAAUAUACAUAAGUACAAAAAAGGAAAGAAAGCUCAUACAUGUGCACAAGAUAAACUAAAGAUAACAUUAAUUAAAAAUAUGCAUCACACACCAAAAUAACGUUAUAAAAUUAUUUACAGGAUUUUACAAGAUUGUUUUCCAGUGGAUAGUUUCCUGUUUGGUCUAUAUAGGUGUGCAAAUUGUGGUAUAAAUAUACAAAACUUGCAUUUAUCUUCAGUUUUGGCAGUGUAAAUACAGAUUUUAUGUCUGUGUUUCAUGAAUCUUUGUCAAGUUUUUUUUUUUUUUUUUUUUUUUUCAUGUUCCUUAAUCCUGCAAAUCACGUCUCUGUCAGUCUGUUCUCAUGAUCUAAUAUUUAGUUAAAAAUAAUUUGGAGAAAGCACAUUUCAGCAAGACCAAGGGAGGAUGAAGCAGGACUCUACUACCGAAGACAUAAAAGAAAAAGGGGUCUCACUCAUUGACUGUGUGUAUUUGAAAUCACAGUAUAAUGAAACUGCAAGAUUCAACAGCAAAUUAUGACUUACAGGUUUACAGAGGAUUUUUAAUACAUGUUGCUUUGUGUAAUGUGUGAACUGUUUGUGUUUUUUGACAGCACUUACAUUCAAUUGUUUGAAAAAGAAUAAAUAUUUUGGGAAUAGUCAUAUUUCAGUUUAUUAAAUUAUACAGAUUCUCUUGGUUCACCAUCAGGUAGUUCAACAUCAUUAUCACCUAUUUGUUUAAGCAUGUAAAAUAGUAAAACAUUUAUUUCUAUUUUAAAUGUAACACAUACAUACUUUAAGAAAGUUAAUGAAAUAAUAAUAAUAAGCACAUAUUCUUAAAUUAAAACAUGAUUUAGCUUCGGAUAACUUAAAGUAGACUCAAAGAAAUUGGUGUCAGCACCAUUUAUCACAUUGAUCACUCAUUGCGAUCCCUUCUCAUGCGACAAACCUUAGGGGUCAGAUUCAUUCAAGGGCAACCUCUACAAACCUCUGGUUUAAAAUUCAUUCAGUCAAGGAUCUGAGUUUAAAUAUUUUUAACACUGUUAAGUGAAUGUAAUAAAGUUGGUUCAACAGUC